GAGUCUGUCGAUGAAGGUAAGCCAGUAAAUUUUCAUUCGGGAUGCGACUUCUCAUCGUGUCAAGUAUUCCUCCCGAAGCCAAGUGAUAUAUUUAUUUUCAGAGAUUUUAAGUGCAUAUUUAUAAUAUUUUAUUUCAAUUUCAAAAUUUGAUCGGCGUGUUAGUGAUUCUUAACAAUUUUAUAAAAAAAAUUUGUAUACGUGCAUAUCAAUGGAAACCGAACCACCAAUUACAAAGUUGGCAACAAGAAGGAAAAGCGUUUUCGCGGAAACGUACAAUCCGGAGGAAGAUGAAGAAGAUGAAGGACUCAAGAUUGUGCAUCCAAAAACUGACGCGCAACGAGAAAGGUUGGCUGACAGCAUAAAACAUAUUCUUCUCUUUCGAUCGCUAGAUGAGGAUCAAAUGACUGACGUGUUGGAUGCGAUGUUUGAAAAGAUCGUACAAUCUGGAGAAAUAGUUAUCCGACAAGGUGAUGAUGGUGACAAUUUCUACGUCAUUGAGAGAGGAAAAUUCGAAGUAUACGUAAGAGAUCAAACAGAUUUGGAAUCCUUGAUACAUACAUAUGAUAACCGUGGUGCUUUCGGCGAGCUUGCACUCCUUUAUAAUAUGCCAAGAGCGGCCACUAUCAAGGCCAUCACGAGUGGUACAUUAUGGGCUAUGGAUAGGCAAACUUUUCGACGUAUUUUAUUGAAGUCCGCUUAUAAAAAGCGCAAGAUGUAUGAGGAUCUUAUCAAUAAGGUUCCGAUGCUUAAAUCUCUCGAGUCAUAUGAGCGUAUGAAUCUAGCGGAUGCUCUAGUACCAAAACAUUAUUCAGAUGGCGAUCAGAUCAUCAAACAAGGCGAUUCAGCCGAUGGAAUGUAUUUUGUCGAAGAUGGUAUCGUUAGGAUCACCAUAAAAGGAGAUGAUGGUCGCGAAAUCGAGAUUAAUAGAGUUCCCGCUGGUGGAUACUUAGGCGAAUUGGCGCUAGUGACACAUAAACCUCGCGCUGCUUCGGCCUACGCUGUGGGCGAAGUAAAACUGGCCUUUUUGGACGUUGAAGCUUUUGAACGCUUACUUGGGCCUUGUAUGGAACUUAUGAAGCGUAAUAUCGAGGAUUAUGAAGAUCAGUUAAUCAAAAUCUUUGGCAGCAAAACUAAUAUUUCAGAUAUUCGAUGAACUAUUUGCGGAUAGUGAUACAUUGCACUGCUGUACUAAAGAUAUGAUACUUUUGUACAGUAAUGUAAAAUGAGCACAAACUUGUACACCUACUUUAUGAAUCUCAUCCGCGUGUUUUCAAGUAUCAUCUCGAGUCGACUUUCGUAAUGACUAUUUACUUAGACGUGUACCAGUAAGAAUCGUCGUUAAUAGUUACCAAGUUUAUACCUAUGACACACAGUGAAGAGAUAACAAAAAAAAACGAGAAAAAUUAUAAUCUCGACUGAUUCAUAUCUGCAAUAUAGUACUGAAGUGAAUUUUUCAAGACUGUAUCAGAUCAAGAAGUAUUAGCCUAUCUUGUCAUGUGCUCCAAAUGUUUACAAGAUAGAAAUCUGAAUAUUAAAUAAGAUUUUUUAUUGAAUUAUUCAUAAAAAAAAAAAUAGAGAAUAAUACGAUAUAUCGAAAAACUUACAAAGUUUCUAAAUAAUGUACUUUUAUGUCAUUCUUAUACUUAAUAUUUUAGCAACUGUAUUCCAUUUUACUGAAAAUAUAAAGAAUCAAUGAAUUAAAUUAUUUUCUAUAUUUCGAUAAUUAUUAUCGAUUAUAUUUCAGAGAUUAAGAUACUUUUAGAGUAUCUUGUAUUUGUUCACGAAGUAACAUUUUUAUCGAUAACUUAUUGAAAUAUUAGCUUGCUUAUGAAAUUAGAUAUUGAAAAUAGCAUAUAUAAUAAAAAUCUUAAUCAUGAAUAUAUUUUUAUCAUGAUGAUAAAAAAAAAACAUAAAUGCUAUAUUAGGAAAAUUAAAAAUCUAAAACGACAAAGAGCACAAUAGACAAGUUAGAACAAUUGUCAGUACCUACAAGAUUUUUAAAUGCAAAAUAAAUAUAUUUCUAUAAGAAUGUGUGGCAUUUAAGUUUAUCUCUAAAAAGAAGAGAAUAGGAGAAAUAUCUUUUCAAUUUUUAAAUAUUUCGUCUAACAAUCUCUCUCUUUCACAUACACAUAUACAUAUAUAUUUAAUAGAACUAUUUUUCUAAUUCAUGUUCCUAGUUUUAUGAUUUGCUUGCAUUAAUUAUUAUGAAAUAUAUUCGCGUAGCGCACAAUAUUGUUUAUUAUAAUUGUUUAUUAUAUAUGUAUAUGCGCACAAUAUUAUUGAUCAUUAUUAUAUUUUAUCUACAUAUAUUAUUUAUUAUUUGUUAUUAUUUAGGAUUGUUUGUUAACAAAUUGGAGCAUAUUUCGAACGAUAAUGUACUCAAUAAUUUACAAUAUUUAUGAUUCAUUAUAUCACUUCAUAAAUGAACUAUUUUUAAAAGUCCACGCUAUAUUUUGAAACGAAACAAAUAGUUGUUUCUUACUGCAGAGUCAAGUAUGUAGCUAUAAUUUUUUGCAGAAUUAUUACGAUAAUGCUGCAAAAAAGAUAGCUGAAUCUUAGUCUCGAAUCAUUUUCAUGUGUGUCUUAUCGGUGAAUCCUGGUAACAAAAAUCGACCAAAAGAAACCUAUAAACCUAUUUUUGUUACACGUGUAUGAUACACGUUAUACAUGUAUGAUAUACGUCUAGCAUCAUAAAAAAAGAAACAAAAAAAAAAAAGUUUGAACUAAUUUGAACGUUGUGCGAACAAGUGCAUAUACUAGUCACUUUUUAAUGACCGUCUUUUCGUCAUGUUUUCUUCUUGACGAAAUCAGAGAAAAACGGUCAAAUGUAAUUUUUAUUACUAUGAAACAAGAAAAAACUAUGUAUUCACUGUACGACUGAAAGUUAGAAGCAUUAAGCUUUCUAAAUAAUAUCACAAUCACGGAGGAAAAAGGAAGAAGAGACUAGUAUUGUGAGAAAAAAAAACCAAUAUAGCAAUAGAGAUUGUUAAUGAAAUAUUAUGUUAUUAAUUUUUAUUCAUGAAUUUUAAUUUUUGUUAAGUUUGUUCAUUUUUAUUAUAAAUUUACUAUAAAUUUUAAUUCUUUGCAAUAUAUAGAUAAAACAUCGAAAAAAAAUUCAUAAAAAUACUUUUGAUCUGAAUUUCAACGAUCUGUGCCAUUUUGUUUAAUUGUUUUUUGGGACUUCAGUUGAAGUUUUAGCCAUGGAUCUUAGUCUUCCACCGUGUCUCCAGGCUGUGAUAUUAUUUUCGGCGGAAUAUUUCAUUCCUUUCGUUCUAUGUAAUACAAAACAGAUAUUUCUUGAUACUAUAGCUUCCAACAAAAAAAUUGAAAGAAAAAAAAAUUGGAAGGAGCGAAGAAAGAAUAGGAGAAUCUAAAAACUAUAGAAUUGAAGAAUUCUUAAACUAUAUCAAACCGAACUUAAUUAUUGAUUCCAUUUUUAAAAUGAAUGAAUCAAAAGUUCCGACCGAUUCCAAUUAUGACUAGAUCGAAAAAAAAUCGGGCAAUUAAAAAUGAGAAAAAAGAAUAUAUAUAUACAUAUAUAAAUAUAAAUAUAUAAAUACGAGUAGAUACAUACAUAUAUAUAUAUAAUAUAUUUAUAUUUAUAUAUAUUUAAUAUAGUGGAAGACUAUUCUCGCACACCGAAUUGAAAUGUAUAUUUAGACGAAGAGUACUUAUCUGUGCAGAGCCAAUGUUCGGAUAAUUUAAAUGUAAACGCUUAAGUAGAGUUGACCCAAUUUAAAUUUAUUGUAUGUAUCUAACAAGUGUGGUCUCUCUCCUACGUGUUGCGUGUUGCCCUUUCGUGUGUGUGACGACCAAACGAAUAAAUUUUUAUUCUUUGAUUAACAUGAGCUAUCGUCGUCAGAUUUUUCGUCUAUGCGGUUGUACGUUUCGUGUAAUCAUUACUAAAAGUAAUUGAACAGUAUAAAAAAAAAAAAAUUAAAAAAUGGUAAUUAAGAGCGCUACGAAUGAAUCUCAUUUGUAAUUCUUAUACACGUUACUCUCUCUUUAUUGUGUCACACAGAGUUCCUUUUCUUGGUUGCUUCCAAAAUAGAGAAACAUUCGAUCGUGCGUGAAUUUGAAGCGUGCCAGGUUGUUUCAAGUCGGUACGAUCUUGCUCGUUUAUCAAUCUAGUCCAAAAUAUUUAAAGAAGAAUAUUUCUUGACCGUCUAAUGGAAUGUACCAAGUUUUAUAAUGGGUUAUUCUAUUGAUUGCAUACAUCCAUAGCGUUGAAAAUUUAAAGAUAUUAGAUCAUCCUAUAAUCAAUGUAAAUUUUUUUAAAUUAAUUUUCUUGUUUUUUAUAAAUUUCUUUAUUUGUCAAUUGAUGUAUAUUGAUAUUUUUUUUUUCAUUUAUAUAGUUUUACAAAUUUUUAAGCAAUAGCUUAUUAAUGUAAUAUUUCUUUAGAAAUAGAUUAUAUUCUUUUUUAAUCAAAAUCUAAUUUUUUUUUUUUUCGAUGAUGAUGACUUGUCUAUGAUUUGUCUAUUAUGUAUGACUUGUGUAUGUUAUUUUGAUAAAAGAAAACUUUCUUUCAAAUGAAUAAAUACUUUUACUUUUAUUGAUUUAAAUAGAACUAUUUGUUCAUUAGAUUGUUCAAUACAUUUUUAUAGUUAUAAUUUAUUUUAAUUCAAAAUAUUGAUUUUUAUUGAUUGAAACUGAAUUUUUAGCCGAUUGUCUUAAUUGAUAUUCAUCAUAUUUAUUAGUAUUUUUCAUUACAAUGUGUAAAAAUUGUAAAAUUUGCAUUAUUGUGGGAUAAACUGAUAUUUGAUCAACGGUAUUGUUGAUUAAUUGAAUAAUAAUAUAAUUCAUUUGAUUUGAGUAAGAAAAUUUUUCUUUUGAUUUUUAUCGCGAUUAAUACAUUGAUUAUGAUAAAAUCGAUUGUUGAAUCAACAUGUUAAAAAUGCAUCAAUGUAACCCAUCGUGUUCCUCGCGUACAAUUUCCAUAUUGCUAUUAACGUCCGUUCCAGAAAAACUGUUACAUAUUGGCACGCAUGUUUAAUUAAGUGUAAGAGUCUCUUAACAUCGGACCAAAUAUUUUAAAAUGAAAAAAAAAAAAAAUCGGAGAAAGAGCUUGUUUUCUUUGCGCUUUUUAUUCUAUCUCUGUCUCUCAUUAUUUCUAAUCGUGGUUUCUAAGGGAAAAGAUAGUGCGCUGAGUUAUAAAUAGAUUAUUGUAAAUGUAUUUGAAGUGCACGAUCGCGUGCAUAAAGUAAUAACUAAAAAUCUUUGUCGUGUCUUAUUAUCCUCCGUGUAAAAUAAACAUGGAUUUGCCCUCGAUUGCUACUCUCAACUUUAAUCUCACUAACUUUGUAUCAAAAAAUAUAUAUAUGUAGCUUAACAUUACGUUAGAGAGGCAAAUGAACACACCAGAAGGGGCAAAUAUGCCGAAAAUUAAUAAAAAUCAUUCUCUUCGUACUUUUGACAAGUUCUAUCAAAAGCAAUAGGAGCAGCACAGCUCGAUUGCAUAUCGACAAUCGUCCGAUCAUCGCAUAAAAUUUUCACGAUAUAUAAGCUAUCCAUACAUCCCUCCGACAUUUAUCGUUCGUCUGUUAUUAGUAUUAUCAUUAUUAUCGAAUACAUAUUUCCGAAGGCACGUUUCUUCAUUAAAUAAACGUGUUUUAAUACGAUUACGAUCCUGUUAUUCGAAUAUUACGUUCCUUACUUAAUCUGACAGCGAUGAUGUACGUGAUAUAUUAUGAGAUUGACAUUGAAAAUCGGUAUGGAUAGAUCGCAUGCAAGCCAGGGAAACUAUAACUAAUCAUGGUAUAUUUCAUAUUGAAACUAGAAUGUUAUGGAAAAGAAAAAUUCCUGUUUUUUUUUUUUUUCUUUCAUAUGUUGAUAUCCUAUCUUGUUAGAUCUUUCGAUUAUACAAGCAUGCAUCAUGUGAAGAAUGUUCUACUCGUCUAAUGAAUGUUUAAUGGAUACACAUAUACAUUUAUAUAUAUGUAUGUAUGUCAUUUUCCGAAUGUUGAGCGAUAUCUAUGAAGAAAUUGAUAAAUUGAUCAGUUUUUUCUUUUUAAUUUCGUUCGUCUGAAAAAUUCUUAACAUUUAAAUUAUUAAAUUAUAAACAAGAAAAAAAGUAUUGAAAUGAAAGAAAUGCGCAAUUAUCGAUAUAACAUCGGUAGAAUACAAGGAAGACUGGCUUAGAUGCGUAGCUUUCAACGUGUAAAAUGAUUGUUUCAAUAUUGCAAUAUUUAUUUACUUGUAUAACGAGUGCGUAUGCGUGAAACGUGAAAGUUCAUUGAGAGUCUUAUUAUUGGAAUUGCGCCAUGCAUUUGUCGAAAACAUUAAUACGGAUCAAGAAAUUUGAUAUUACAAUUCUGGAUAACAUGCUAAAUAUUAAGUGAAAUUAUUAAAAUUCUAUCAGGGUAUCGAAUGUCAAAAAUAUGAACACAGAAUCAGAAUCUAAAAAAUAUAAAAAUCCUCAAGAAACCUCAAGUUAAUUGGAGGAUGGUUGAAUGAUCUGAAUUAAAUGAUCUGAAAAUACAUAAAAAAUGUUAUUAAAAAAAAAUUAGAAAAUCAUACUGAGCGAUUUCGAGUAUAUUUAAUCAUAUUUAUGCAUCAAAUUUUUUUUAUCUAGAAUUACAAAUCGUUUUCUUCAUUUUAAGUGCCCGUCCACACGCGCAAUAGAUUUUUCAAGUUUUUAUAUAUAUUUAUAUUUAUUUCCGCAAGAGGAAUUGCUAUAUAAAAAAAGCUUUUUCAGCUAUUUCAAGAUAUAAUUUUAACUCCUCAAUGACAGAUACUAUAUAAUUUUAUUAAUAUUAUUAUAUAUUUAAACAAUCGUGUAUUAUUUUUAGUGUCAUAAUUAUAUAUCGAUUGUGUGUUCAUCUGAGCAUAACGUCGUUUUUUGCGAAAGAUAUAUUUCUAUUCCCGGUUAUAUCUUAUAUAAAAAACCGCAUCGUUUUGCACAAAUUCAAAGCGAGUUGGCGGUAUCGCUUUAGUGCACGUAAUGAUAUGUACGUUCUAAACUGAAUCUAGAUUUUAUAUAUGUAUACGCUUGCAUAAAAUGUCUCGAGAUGCAAAGCAAAAAGAAUAUAAAACAAGAAAAAAAUGCAUUCUAAACUAUAUACAGAGGCAAAAAGAGAAAAGAAAGAAAUAAUAAUUAUUAUAAUGUACUUAACAGUUUUUGUUUCACGAUGUUGUAGCGUAAAGACGUGCACAUACGUAUUAAUAUACAUAUAAAUAUAUUAUAUAUAUAGAAUUAUAUAUUAGAUAUGUCGAUAUACAUAUAUGUCAAGACUCGUUUCCAGCUGGUCUGAUCGGGUAUUACUUUAACGAUUUAAUUAAUUGCGUUAACCUGGCAGCGAUGCGAUUGCGAGUGAGACAUUGAAAGAAGUGCAAUCACAUAGUUCAAUUGUAUAGCGUAUCUAUUUGUCGUUUCAAUGACAAAUCCGAUGAUCUGUAGUCCAUCGGCAAUGAAAGUAAAAUGGAAUAAUGGUUGAUAUUUCUGUUAUUCAUUUCAUAGAAAUAAUUAUAUACGAUUAUUAUAAUCGGAAAAUUGCAUCGUUUAUGCGUCAAAUGAUUAUUGAGGAGAUUGGCAUAUGAAAUCUCUUUAUUUAAUUUUAAUUCAUUGUAUGUGUCAUAAAAUAUUGAUAUAUAAAAAAAUACAAGCUCAAUCAGCUAUUCUAUUAAUUAUGUAUUUAUUAUAUUUAUUCAAAAAAAAUCUAAACAGAUACAUAACACACACGAGCACUGGCACACGCAAUUUACUAUAGUGGUUGAAUAAAUGGUGUCUGAAUAAAUUGA